UUUCCAAUUGGUCAGGCCCAUGUUUUCUCCAUUGAUAGUGUCAAAAUAAUGAUCUUUUUGCUUGGAACCUAUGUUUUCUCUUGAAGAGAACUUGGUUUCAGAUUAAAUGUUCCCCAUAAUAUUGGUUGGUUUUUUUGCUUGAUUCUUCAACUUUAUUGGGUUCUUUAGCUUAAUCUAGAGGCCUGGAAAGUUUUUUUUUAUUACCGACAAUGAGAAAGCUUUAUAGGAAACUUGUGUUGAUACAAAAUCCAUUGACAAGUGUGAGGAAAAACGUCAAUUUGCACUCUGGAAGGGUGUUUAGUGAUAGAAAAUGGAUUAUCCCAUUUCUUGCAUGCUUACUUGUAUCGGUUACUUUGUUUUUCUCCGCCAUUUUUUGGUUGAACAAUACUCCUUACAGUGGAGAUCAGUUGCCAUUCGACAUUAUUUCCUUUGCUAGAGCAGAGGAGUCUAGUGGGUAUUUUGUAGAAUCGGAUUUAAAGAAAUCGUUUAACACGAGUGGAUAUGCAAACAUGAAAGCACCUAGACUUGCAUAUCUUAUCUCGGGGACUAAGGGAGAUAGUCAUAGGAUGAUGAGGACCUUGCAGGCAGUGUAUCACCCCAGGAAUCAGUAUGUUCUGCAUUUGGAUCUCGAGGCUCCUCCUCGUGAAAGGCUGGAAUUGAGUAAUAUGGUAAAGAUUGAUCCGACUUUUCGUGAAGUCGAGAAUGUGCGUGUGAUGGCACAAUCGAACUUGGUAACAUACAAAGGUCCCACCAUGAUUGCCUGUACCCUUCAAGCAAUUGCAAUACUCUUAAAGGAGAGCUUGGAGUGGGAUUGGUUUCUAAACCUGAGUGCCUCUGAUUAUCCCCUAGUGACUCAAGAUGAUUUGCUGCAUGUUUUCUCCAACUUGUCAAGAGAUCUCAAUUUCAUUGCACAUACACAGAUUGCUGGUUGGAAGUUGAGCUCGAGAGCAAAACCAAUCAUUGUUGAUCCAGGCCUUUACUUGUCUAAAAAGUCUGACAUUGCUUGGACCACUCAACGCCGAUCAUUGCCCACAUCUUUCAAGUUGUAUACAGGUUAUGCAUGGGUAGCACUUACUAGAACUUUUGUUGAGUAUUGUAUAUGGGGGUGGGAUAACCAUCCACGGACCAUCCUUAUGUACUAUACAAAUUUCGUUUCCUCUCCGGAAGGCUAUUUUCAUACCGUUAUUUGCAACACCGACGAGUUUCGUGGCACUGGAAAAAGUCAUGAUCUCCACUACAUUGCUUGGGACACUCCUCCAAAGCAACACCCAAAAUCCUUGCCAAUGAAAGACUUCGACAAAAUGGUGAAAAGAAACGCUCCCUUUGCCCGGAAGUUCCACAAGAACGAUCCAGUGUUGGAUAAAAUUGAUAAAGAGCUUUUGGGCCGCACUGACCAUUUUGCUCCUGGAGCUUGGUGUAUUGGGAGUUCAGAGGGUGGAGCCGACCCAUGUUCCAUACGCGGCAAUGAUUUUGUGUUUGCACCAGGACCUGGUGCCAAGAGGCUGCAAGAACUUGUUAAAGGUCUGCUAUCCGAAGAUUUUCGGAAAAAAGUGUUCAUGAUAAUUGUAAAGUGUUGGAGAAUUCCAAGUGACUGUAUUCAUACCUUAUUAAUCACAUAUCUAUAA